GCAAAUCGAAAAGCCAAAAGCAGGGAAAUUUUGCCCACGCCCCUCUUUUUUCUAAUCUUUUGACUUAAACGUCAAACUGUGAAUACGUUGUUGGCUGAAGAAGUCUUCGUCCGUCAACGAGUCGAAAAAACUACGUGACGAACGAUGUUUCGCGUUCCAAACGCAGCUACUACGUCGACAAAAUUAGGGGCUGGAAAAAGUUCCUCUGAUAGUAAAAGCUGUCUCUAUGCUUCAUACGAAUGCAAACAGCCAACACUCGAAGGCUAUGCUUACUGUGCUAAACAUAUUUUAGAAGAUAGCACAGCUCCAUACAAGCAAUGUAGUUUUGUCCAUAACACAAAUGGAAGAAAAUGCCAAAACCCGGCACUGAAAGGAGAACGAAGGGACCUUACGUACUGCCCAGAGCACGCACGAAGAGCUCAGUUGGCCAGGAUAAAAUCCACAUCCAGACAUUUGCCACCUGAAACACCGGAAACUUUACUUUUAAAUCUCAGUCACUAUGUAAAGCCUACCGAUUCCAGUGCAGAGGAUACCGAGGAAGAUGAAGGAAAAUUCAAAGUCCUGGAUCCUUUUGUUGAAAUUGACGCCUACAGAAUAAACGCUAGCGGUUGCGAUAUCCUGGACUAUGCCAGCUCGUCCGAUAGUGACGUGGAACCUAUGGCUGUCAGCGACACUCUUCGUGCGUCAUUUUUAGAUGAGAGUGAAGAUGAAAGUCUCCAGAGUUCACAGGAAGAUCCGCUUAAUAUUAAUUUUUUAAGGCACGCUGGGAUAUUUACCGCCGAGGAAGUGAUCUACAUCGCGAGGGAAAAACUAAUCAGGCUACAAUCCCUCUACAUAGAUCAGUUUCGAAGGCUUCAGUAUAUAUUCAGAGAAAAACGUCGCAAGUACCUCCAGUCAAUUAAAAAGGAAAAAGAAACGUCAUGUAGCAUUCACGAUCAGCCCAGGGAAACCGCCAAGGAGAAGAAAAUCUACCAAAAGUUGAAAGCCCUGAACCGUUACCACAGGCGGAGUGGCGUCGAGGCUAUUUUGUACAAGAAAUCACUGGAAAGACGAGCCCAAGUGACGGACGGCCCGGCGCAGAAGCCUCCUAAUGUUACAAAAUGUAUUUUCACUGAAGGCGGAGUGAAGUGCGGUGACAGAACUUUACCAGCAGCAAGGCACUGCAGAAAGCAUAUAUUAAAGGACCAGCAUCAAGUGUUAUUCAAAGCUUGCGGGGCCAUUAGAGCCGACAUAGAAUGCCACGAGCCUGUGCCCGUAGUAUUCGAUUCGUUUUGCGUUUUUCAUAUGAAUCUUCCACCACCGUUGAAACUGGAAGCCAUGGCGUUCGAGGAAGUGAAACGCGAAGUCGUAAAGGAGGCUCCGGCGUUGGAUAACCAGUCGAUGGAGAUAGACGUUGUCGGUGAGACGCAGGAAAUUGAUCCCGACGAUGACAUGGCUGGGUUAAUGAGGGAGAUGAACGACGUUGCAGGAAAAAAAAUAACUUUCAACGAGUGCGUUAAUAGCGAAGCCAGUACGGACACCGCCUUCAGUUUAACAGCUCAGUUGAGUGAUAAAGACGAACUAAUUCUGAUUUGAUAACUCAUUGUUCGUCUGCCUUGUAAAUAAAUAAUUAUUUUUAACAGCAA